AUGGCGCCCAACCUCUUCCUCUGUUUGCGGAUGGCUCUCUGCCCCCUCUACUGGUUCCAGCGCGGGGAACGUAUUCAGGGAUCCAUCCACCGCGAAGAACACUGGGAAUCUCCUGUCCCGGGUAUCUACAAAUACAUUCCCGGCCGUGGAUGGCACCUGAUCUGCAAGGAUGGCAACGAAUACGACGAGAAAGCUCCAGUCCCUCUGGUUUAUUGUCGCAUCCUUCACCGCCACAUUUUCGAACACGAGAUGGAAGAACGAUGCCAGUGGCAUUCGGUCACCAUCGACGGUGCCGAAACCGAAAGAUUUUUGUUCUUCCGCCUGGACGAUGGCUGUACCUACGUGACCGGAUGGGACGCUAAAGGCAAAUUCAUCCCGGGUCCCUACCAGAAAUACUACUUGGACCCGGAAACGCACACCAUGCGUCACAUCCUGUUCCCCGAGAGCGCGAACGUCUCUCGGUGCAGCAGCAUUCUCCCGAAUAAAAUGGAGUAA